AUGUCUUCCCAAGUUGCUGUUGGUAAGAAACGUUGUCUAGAGAUUGUCGAUCCUGAUAGUGACUCAUCGCAAAAACCACAAAAUCGUAAGCGUUUCCUGCGAUUCCUUAAGUCCCACGAACGUAAGUUUGGGUUGACACCUGUAGCUCGCGACAAAAUUACGGGCCAAGUGACGUUAGUCGUGUGCCGUUUCUGUCAGUUUUUUGGACGUGAAGAACGGCCAGAGAAGCAAAGACGUUCGAAAAAGAGUGUGAAAUACUUUCGAUAUUCGUUUCGAACAGAUCAGUAUCAACAACACCACGAACUAUCGCACUGUGAGACAUGGAGACGAUAUCAAGCUUGCUCGGAUGAUGAAAAAGAAACCUUUUUCUCAUCUUGUUCCGGAGUUAGCGAGGAUUUUCAUGGGAUUGGACUACUGGAUGAUCAAAUUGAAGUGGGAUCAAACGAAGAGUGGAUUUCUAAACCCUCAAGCAACGACAUGCAAAGGCGUUUUGAUAUUUUACCGGCGAUUGUGGAGUUAGUGGCCGUGUUGGCUACAGGACACGCUGAGCCGAGUACGACUCAUGAGUUUGAGACUCAAAGUUCUGAAAUUGUGUACAACGUACUUCUGUGGUGUCCUCCUAGAGAUACGUUUCAGUCCUGUAAUUUGGUGGGGACGGAAGGAGGUUUAAUGUACCGUGUCGUGGUCCACUCGCGCUCACAAAUUGACUGCUUGGUGAAACUCGCUGCGGCUGGAUUGUCGUGUCGACAGAUUUCUAGUAUGAUGCGCUCGUUUCGAUUUCACGCUCCAGUUUUCUUUCGCGACGUGAUAUCUCUCGAGUGUGUCUCUUGCACUGAAGUAUGUCUAGACUACAGUGAAGACCAGACGGCGGCUUACGUUCGUCUGAUUAUUGCAGCCAGCUUCAAUGCUAUCUCAAAGCUGCUGCAUGGAUGCUGGGCGUUCUCAUUAGUGCUUCGAGCGUGCAUGGACCACGCCCCAAUUCGAUCGUAUCUAGAGUUCCGCGUGAAGAUUUACACUGGCGGUGCCUUGUACAAUAUUCACCUUGUUACUAUCCCAUCUUUUGAAAACGCAUGCGAAUCAAUGAUGUUUGAAACACUAGAACAGGUGCUCAAUGUCAUACUGCCAAACUGGAAACAGCGACUUAUCGGCAUUGCAACGGACGGCGACGCCCAAUUGCCAGCUCGGGUUCUCGCUAUUGCUGCGCGAUUGCAACAGGAAGCGUCAGCUUCAGUUGUCUUUAGCACUUCGAGCGCAUGUCAUCAAUUAGACUGUAUUGUGUUUAACUUCUACUCAUCUCUUCAGGGCGGUUGUUUUUUAAUGGUACUGAAGGAAUUGUCCGCAUACAUCCGCCGACAGCCAGAACUACUUGAGAAAAUAAGCCCACCCCCUCCAUCGUGGAGCGCAAGUAGAAGCUCUUUGACUUCUAAAAGUAAGUGGAUUGCGCUCGGAAAUGAAGUUGAAUGGAUCGCUACACAUCGUGCAUUACUGACUCAACACCUUGAAGCCAAAAAUCCCCCAAGUGCGCCGGAUUGCUCGUGGUGGCUAUUUUUCGCAGUAGUAAAUUGGGUGGCGACUCGUGCAAACAAGACAUUCGAGAGAUUGUUACGAAAUCGUACAACUCUCGCUGAGCAAAGUAGAGAUAUUGCAGCAUUUUCAAACGAAUGUGCCACCGCAUUCCAUGCCCUGGGUCCUUUACACGAUCCACUAUUGUCCCCGAUGAAUCAUAAUAUGUUCAAGUCAAGGAACGAAGUCUUUGCAUUGAGCACGCGAAACAUAGUUGCGUUUAUCAGAGAAAACGAUGAACACUCAAUUCGGAUCCUCAACACUGCCGAUGCCCCAAUUGUUGACCUCGCCGCGGAAAAUCUGGCACUUUGUGGUGUCAACAUGAUCGAGUCGUUACUGGAGCUUAGUCGUGCCGUGAAAAAUGAGCAAAGCCAAAAAUUGACAGAAUGCGGACCUCGAACUUUGACAGUAACAGAUUUGAUGCCACCGACUUUGCCGCAUGAAUUUGCACAGCUGAGUGAGCGUGACUUGACGUCUCUUUUGGAGACGUUUGGCUCCACAACGCGCACCUUUUUCAGAGAGAAAGGCAUUACUCGACUAAAAGAAGAGUUUCAAAAUUUGCGUCAAGAAGCUAAAUCCGAGACAGCGCUUCAAGCAGCAUUAGCGAGAUGCAAUGCGGACACUCCAUUUAAAGAAGCAUGGGCAUCGACAGCGAGCCGCUUCAAACAUUUGGAGUGUUUUGCCGGCGGGUUUGCCAGUGUUUUCCCCUGCGAUUCAAUUGCUACCCAUGGAAGUACUAACGCUUUGGCACUUUGUCGAAACGAAGUCGAGAAUACUCACAAUUUGCUUACUGACUUUGCAGUUGAAGGAUCACUACAUGCUCAACAAUUUCAAUCGCUGAUGGCUCUGAGUGAUAAAAUUAACGAAUUCGCCCAUGAAAAUGUGAACUGUCGUGUAAUACCCUCACACAAUAGACCAAAUGACUUUGAAUAG